AUGGGUGGCUCAAUCCCAGGAUUCCUAUACCGCCAACUCACCUUCUGCCCCAAGCCCCUACCUACCUCUGUGAAUCUCCAGGGCCAAGCCGCCAUCAUCACAGGCAGUAAUGUCGGUCUCGGCCUCGAAGCCGCUAAACAAUUGAGUGCGCGAGGCCUGAGCCAUCUCAUUCUGGCCGUCCGCACCGUGUCCAAGGGCGAGGCCGCGAAGGAGGAGAUCCUUCGUGACAAUCCCUCCUCGACCUGCACGAUCGAGGUCUGGGAGCUUGACCAGGAGUCGUUUGAUAGUGUGCGGGCGUUCGGGGAGCGCGCGCAGGCUCUGCAGAGGUUGGACCUUGUUAUUCUUUCGGCGGGCGUGAAGCUGUUGGAGUAUAAGAAGGCUAAGACGGGUCAUGAGAUGAACGUUCAGAUAAACCACCUCGGAACCUCCCUCCUCUCCCUCCUCCUCCUUCCCGUCUUACAAAAAACAGCCUCAACACAAGGCACCCCAUCCCGCCUCACAAUCGUCACAUCAGAAAUGCAUUUCUGGUCCAAGUUCCCCGAAAAAGACUCCCCCAACACGCUAUCCCGCCUCGACGACCCCGACUCCUUCAAACCCGGCAUGGACCGCUACAACACCAGCAAACUACUCAACGUGCUGUGGCUGCGCGAGCUCUCGAAACGCGCGGGCCCAGACGUCGUCGUCAACGGGGUCAAUCCGGGCCUUUGUGCGAGCGAGCUGCAUCGGUCGGAUUCUACGCCGGGGAAGAAGGUGUUUAAUGGGGUUGUUGCGUGGUCGCCGGCGCAGGGGGGUCAUUGUUUGGUUGAUGCGGUGGUGUUGCAUAAGGAGGAGAGGGGGGCUUAUGUUAGUGAGCAGGUUGUUAAGAGACCGUCUUCAUUCGUCCUGUCAGAGGAAGGUGAAAAAGCCCAGGUAAAGCUCUGGGAGGAGACUGUUGCCUUGCUGAAGGAGGCUGUUCCUGGUAUGGAUUUGCUCGGGGGUAUUGUUGCGUGA